CGCUCGCCGCUAUUGUUUCAGCAAACCUCCGAGAAUUAGACCUCUCUGCCCUCGGCGUGGCUGUUUACAAACACACCACCAACAAAAAGAAGAAAAAACACCGCGCUCGGCCGGUAUCAUCACACACAAGUAAACGACAUCCCUCUUCUGUUCGCACCACCGCACCAAAAUCCCAGUAGCUGAAGAGAGAGAGAGCAAAAAUGGUGAAGGUACGAAUGAACACGGCCGAUGUGGCCGCAGAAGUGAAGUGCCUUCGAAACUUGAUCGGCAUGCGAUGUUCCAAUGUCUACGACAUCUCUCCUAAGACGUAUAUGUUUAAGUUGAUGAAUAGUAGUGGAAUUACAGAAUCUGGUGAGAGUGAGAAGGUUUUGUUGUUGAUUGAAAGUGGUGUUAGGCUGCAUACAACCGAAUAUGUCCGGGAUAAGAGUAAUACACCAUCUGGAUUUACUUUGAAAUUAAGGAAGCAUAUUCGUACUAAAAGGCUUGAAGAUGUGAGGCAGCUUGGGUACGAUAGGAUUAUUGUUUUCCAGUUUGGAUUGGGUGGCCAUGCACACUAUGUCAUAUUGGAACUCUAUGCUCAAGGGAACAUUGUUCUUACAGAUUCAGAAUUCACAGUCUUAACUCUUCUCCGGUCUCAUAGAGAUGAUGACAAAGGUUUUGCAAUCAUGUCACGGCACCGUUACCCAAUUGAAUUGUGCCGAACUUUUGAACGAAGCACCAGCUCCAAGCUGAAGGAUGCUCUUGCAGCUUCAUACGAUCAGGCUGAAGAUGAGGAAAUCAAAGUCAUAGAUGACGGAAGCACAGUUUUGGACACAUCAAAAAUUAAAAAAAGUGCUAAAAAGGGUGGCAAAGUUCCUGACACAAACAAGGCAGGCAAUGAUGGCUCUCGUGCAAAACAGCGCACUUUGAAGAUAGUCCUUGGAGAGGGCUUAGGUUACGGUCCUCAGCUGUCUGAACAUAUCAUAUUGGAUGCCGGUUUGACACCAAGCAUGAAAGUUUCUAAAGAUAACAAGCUGGAUGAGGGUAAAGUUGAAGUUUUGGGCCAAGCAGUGAGCAGGUUUGAGGAUUGGCUUGAAGAUGUCAUACGUGGGAGUAAAGUUCCUGAAGGAUACAUUUUGAUGCAGGCCAUGAAAUCAGGGGGAAAGGACUGUGGUAACAUAAAGCCAGAGAGUUCCAUUAAGAUUUAUGAUGAAUAUUGUCCUAUUUUACUAAAUCAGUUCAAAUCAAGGGAUUGUUUGAAGUUUGAGACAUUUGAUGCAGCUUUGGAUGAAUUCUAUAGUAAGAUUGAGAGUCAGAGAUCCGAGCAACAGCAAAAAGCUAAAGAAGGAUCUGCAAUGCAAAAGCUUGAUAAAAUACGCAUGGAUCAGGAAAAUCGUGUGGUCACUUUGAGAAAAGAAGUUGAGCAGUCUGUUAAAAUGGCACAAUUGAUUGAAUAUAACUUGGAGGAUGUUGAUGCUGCUAUAUUGGCUGUCCGUGUCGCCUUAGCGAAUGGUAUGAAUUGGGAAGAUCUUGCACGUAUGGUGAAGCAAGAAAAAAAAUCUGGGAAUCCAGUUGCUGGUCUAAUUGACAAGCUUUAUUUGGAAAAGAACUGCAUGACACUUCUGUUGAGCAAUAAUCUUGAUGACAUGGAUGAUGAUGAAAAGACACUUCCAGCAGAUAAGGUAGAAGUUGAUUUGUCCCUCACAGCGCAUGGUAAUGCUCGUCGGUGGUAUGACAUGAAGAAAAAGCAAGAGAAUAAACAAGACAAGACUAUUACCGCUCAUGAAAAGGCUUUUAAAGCUGCUGAAAGAAAGACACGUCUCCAGCUCUCCAAGGAAAAAGCAGUCGCCACAAUUUCUCAUAUGCGUAAAGUCCAUUGGUUUGAGAAAUUUAAUUGGUUCAUCAGCAGCGAGAAUUAUUUAGUUAUCAGUGGACGUGAUGCUCAGCAAAAUGAGAUGGUUGUUAAGCGUUAUAUGUCAAAAGGGGACUUGUAUGUGCAUGCUGAUAUGCAUGGAGCCUCGACUACUGUAAUCAAGAACCACAAGCCAGAGCAGCCAGUCCCUCCCUUGACAUUGAACCAAGCUGGUUGUUAUACUGUUUGCCUCAGUAAGGCGUGGGACUCAAAAAUUGUUACUAGUGCUUGGUGGGUCUAUCCUCACCAAGUAAGUAAAUCUGCUCCAACAGGAGAAUAUCUUACAGUUGGGAGUUUCAUGAUACGUGGAAAGAAGAAUUUUCUACCUCCCCAUCCUUUGAUAAUGGGAUUUGGUAUGUUGUUCCGUGUGGACGAAAGUUCUUUAGGAUUGCAUUUAAAUGAAAGGCGAGUUAGAGGUGAGGAUGAGGCAUUAAAUGUUCUCCAAGAAAAUGGGGACAUGGAAAUACCUAACUCUGAUUCAGAGAGUGAAGCCACAGACCACAAUUUUGAAAAAGAUAAUAAUAGGAGCAUACCUUCAUCAACAGAAAACCAUUCAGCUAAAUUAGGAGGAUUAUCGAGCCAUGGUUCUGCUCAAGAUGACAGUAUCUCCUAUCCCAAGGCAGAAGUUCUAGAAGAAACUGGAAUUGAGAGUAAUUCUGCUUGUUCAGUACAUGAAUCUAAAGGAAAGAACAACACUGCUGUUUCAGUGGAACUUGAAGAUCUCAUUGAUAGAGCUCUUGAACUUGGAUCUGGAGCUGUCUCUGGUAGAAGUUAUGAACAAACUUUGCAGCUUAGUAAGUCUGAAGAAUUUGAAACUCAAGAGAAAACGGUAUCUGUUAAAGAGAAACCUCAUGUUUCCAAAGCUGAGAGGAAGAAGUUAAAGAAAGGCCAAAAAACUGGUGAUGAACAGGACAUUGAUGUCCAGGGAGAAGAAGAUGAAGGUCAUUCUUCGACCAUCCAGCCUGAGAAAAAAAAUUCAUCCGCUGCUGGUGGAAAAGUUGCCCGUGGUAAAAGGGGUAAGCUGAAAAAGAUGAAAGAAAAAUAUGCCGAUCAGGAUGAGGAAGAAAGGAGUAUUCGCAUGACUUUACUUGCGUCUGCUGGAAAGGCACUGGAUGACAAAAAGGAAAAUGAUGCCCAAGAUCAAAAAGUAGCAACAAGCACAAGAAAGGAACUUCAUGGUGGAUCAGAAGAUGCUCUGAAAAUAUGUUACAAGUGUAAGAAGGCUGGUCAUCUCUCUCGUGAAUGCCCAGAACAUCCUGAAGAUGCCUCACGUGCACAUAGAAAUGGCAGGCUUGAGAAUCCUGAUGGAGAUUCGGCAAUUACUGCUUCUGAGAUGGAGCAGAUGGCAAUGGAGGAGGAUGAUAUACAUGAGAUAGGUGAAGAAGAGAAAGAGAAGCUUAAUGAUGUAGAUUACCUGACCGGUAAUCCACUGCCUAAUGAUGUUCUUUUGUAUGCUGUGCCCGUUUGUGGUCCAUAUAAUGCAUUGCAAACGUACAAAUAUCGAGUGAAGAUAGUUCCUGGCACGGCAAAGAAAGGGAAAGCUGCAAAAACCGCCAUGAAUUUGUUUAAUUACAUGCCUGAUGCAUCCAACCGAGAAAAGGAGCUCAUGAAAGCAUGUACUGAUCCUGAACUAGUUGCUGCUAUGGUUGGAAACUCAAAGAUUACUGCUGCAGGCCUUAGUCAAUUGAAACAGAAGCAAAAGAAAGGAAAGAAGGCUGCUAGCAAAGCUGGAAGCUAGUCCCUGCUGCCUGGAGAAUACUGUUGAUACUGUCCUAAGGAACCUUUGAUUUGUAUAGGAAACUGCAAUUUAGUUUUGCUGGCAGAAAAUACAAUUUAGUACAGAAAAUACCCUUUUUUUCUUUCUUUCUCGAGUCAAGCAAUGAACAAGCAGAUUCUAAAAACAAAGCCAUUUCAUGGGCUUGAAAAAGUUUGACAAUACAUACUCAGGAAGUUCCUACUA